GUCUGUUCUCUGUAUCUGUGAGUCUGUUUCGUAGAUAUGUUCAUUUGUGUCGUAUUUUAGGUUCUACAUAUAAGUGAUAUCAUAAGGGUAUUUGUUUUCCUUUUUCUGACUUACUUCACUUAGUAUGAUAAUCUCUAGGUCUGUCCAUGUUGCUGCAGAUGACAUUAUUUCAUUCUUUUUUACGGCUGAGUAACAUUCCACUUUGUGUGUGUACGUGGGUGUGUGUGUGUGUGUGUGUGUACGUGUGUGUGUACACCACAUCUUCUUCAUCCAUUCGUCCGUCGAUGGACAUUUAGGUUGUUUCCACGUCCUGGCUAUUGUAAAUAGUGCUGCUAUGAACAUAGGAGUGCACGUAUCUUUUCAACUUAUAGUUUUGUCUGGGUAUAUGCCUAGGAGUGAGAUUGCUGGAUCAUGUGGUAGCUCUAUUUUUAGUUUUUUGAGAAACCCCCAUACUGUUAUUCGUAGUGGCUGCCAAUUUACAUUCCCACCAACAGUGUAAGAGGGUUCCCUUUUUUCCCUCACCCUCUCCAAUAUUUAUUAUUUGUAUACUUUUUAAUGAUGGCCAUUCUGACCAGAGUGAGCUGGUACCUCAUUGUCGUUUUCAUUUGCAUUUCUCUAAUAAUUAGCAAUGAUGAGCAUCUUCCCAUGUGCCUCUUGGCCAUCUGUAUGUCUUCUUUGGAGAAAUGUCUAUUUAGGUCUUCUGCCCAUUUGUCGAUUGGGUUGUUUGUUUUUUUGUUACUGAGUUGUAUGAGCUGUUUGUAUAUUUUGGAAAUUAAGUCCUUGUUGGUCACAUCAUUUGCAAAUAUUUUGUCCCAGUCUUUUCAUUUUGUUUAUGGUUUCCUUUGCUGUGCAAAAGCUUAUAAGCUUGAUUCGAUCCCAUUUGUUUAUUUUUGCUUUUAUUUCUAUUGCUUUGGGAUACUGACCUAAGAAAAUGGUACAAUUUAUGUCAGAGAAUGUUUUGCUUAUGUUCCCUUCUAGGAGUUGUAUGGUGUCAUGUCUGAUAUUUAAGUCUUUAUAGCCAUUUCGAGUUUAUUUUUGUGUAUGGUGUGAGAGUGUGUUCUAACGUCAUUGAUUUACAUAAGGUUGUCCCAACUUUUCCAACACCACUUGCUGAAGAGACUGUUUUUUUCCCUGUGUAUGUUGUUGCCUCCUUUGUCGAAGAUUAAUUAUCCAUAGGUCUGUGGGUUUAUUUGUGGGCUCUCUAUUAUGUUCCACUGAUCCAUAUGUCUGUUUUUGUGCCAAUACCACACUGUUGUGAUUGCUGUAGCUUUGUAGCAUUGUCUGAAGUCUGGGAGGGUUAUGCCUACUGCUUGGUUCUUUUUCUUCAGGGUUUCUUUGGCAAUUUUGUGUCUUUUAUGGGUCCAUAUAAGUUUUAGGAUUAUUUGUUUUAGUUCUGUGAAAAAUGUCAUGAGUAAUUUGAUAAGGAAAGCAUUAAGUAUGUAUAUUGCUUUGGGUAGUAUGGCGAUUUUAACAAUAUUCAUUCUCCCAGUCGAAGAGCAUAGGAUGUCUUUCCAUUUCUUUGAAUCAUCUUCAGUUUCCUUUAUUAAUGUUUUGUAGUUCUCAGCAUAUAAGUCUUUCACCUCCUUGGUGAGUUUUAUUCUUAAGUAUUUUAUUAUUAUUUUUGUUUUAAUGGGAUUUUAAAAGGGAUUGGUUGUUUACAUUCCCUUCCUGUUAUCUCAUUGAUGGUGUAAAGCAAUGCAACCAAUUUCUGUAUAUUAAUCUUGUAUCCUGCUACUUUGCUGAAUUUGUUUAUCAGUUCUAGUAUUUUUUGUGUGGAGUCUUUAGGGAUUUCUAUUGGGUUGGCCAAAAAGUUCGUUCGGGUUUGUCCAUAACAUGAAAAACCCGAAUGAACUUUCUGGCCAACCCAGUAUAUAUAGUAUCAUGUCAUUUGCAUAUAAUGACAAUUUUAUCUCUUCCCUACCAGUUUUUUUAAAAAAAUAUUUAUUUAUUUACUUGGUUGCACUCAGUCUUAGUUGCAGCAGGCAGGCUUCUUAGUUGUGGCUUGCAGGCUCCUUAGUUGUGGCAUGUGAACUCUUAGUUGCAGCAUGCAUGUGGGAUCUAGUUCCCUGACCAGGGAUCGAACCCAGGCCCCCUGCGUUGGGAGCACAGUCUUAUCCACUGUGACACUGGGGAAGACCCUCUUCCCUACCAAUUUGAAUACCUUUUAUUUCUUUUUUUAAAAAAAAUAUUUAUUUAUUUAUUUUGACUGCACUGGGUCUUAGUUGCAGCAUGCAGGAUCUUCGUUGCGGCAUGUGGGAUCUUUAGUUACGGCAUGCAGACUCUUAGUUGUGGCAUGCGGGAUCUAGUUCCCUGACCAGGGAUCGAACCCAGGCCCCCUGCAUUGGGAGCAUGGAGUCGUAGCCACUGGACCACCAGGGAAGUCCCUUUUAUUUCUUUUUCUUGUCUGAUUGCUGUGGCUAGGACUUCCAAUACUGUGUUGAAGAGAAGUGGUGAGAGUGGGCAUCCUCGUCUUGUUUCAGAUUUUAGCGAGAAGGCUUUCAGCUUUUCACCAUUGAGUAUUAUAUUGGCUGUGGGUUUGUCAUAAAUAACUUUUAUUAUGUUGAGAUAUGUUCCCUGUAUACCCACUUUGGUAAGAGUUUUUAUCAUGAAUGGAUUUGGAAUUUUAUCAAAUGCUUUUUCUGCAUCUGUUGAGAUGAUCAUGUGGUUUUUGUCUUGUUUUGUUGUUGAUGUGGUGUAUCACAUUGAUUGAUUUGCAUAUGUUGAACCAUCCUUGUGACCCUGGGAUGAAACCAACCUGGUCCUGGUGUAUGAUCUUUUUUAUGUACUGUUGGAUUCGGUUUGCUGAUACCUUGUUGAGGAUUUUUGCAUCUAUAUUCAUCAAAGAUGUUGGCCUAUAAUUUUCUUUUUUCAUAGUAUCUUUGUCUGGUUUUGGUAUCAGGGUGCUUGUGGCUUUAUAGAAUGUCUUUGGGAGUAUUUCUUCUUCUUCAGCCUUUUGGAAGAGUUUGAGUAGGAUCAGUAUAAGUUCUUCCUUGUAUGUUUGGUAGAAUUUACCUGUGAAGCCAUCUGGCCCUGGACUUUGUUUGUAGGGAGUUUUGUUUGUUUGUUUUUACAGAUUUUAUUUCACUUACAGUGAUCGGUCUGUUCAAAUUAUCUAUUUCUUCUUGAUUCAGUUUUGGUGGGCUGUAUGUUUCUAGAAAGUUGUCCAUUUCUUCUAGGUUGUCAAAUUUAUUGGCAUAUAAUUGUUCAUAGUAUUCUUUCAUGGUUUUUUUGUGUUUCUGUGGUAUCAGUUGUGAUUUCUCCUCUUUCAUUUCAUAUUUUGUUUAUUUGGGUCUUCUCUCUUUCCUUCUUAGGGAGCCCGGCCAUUGGUGUGUUAAUUUUUGUUUACCCUUUCAAAGAACCAGCUCUGGGUUUUAUUGAUUUUUUUUCUGCUUUUAAAAAAUCUCUAUUUUAUUUAUUUUUCUCUCUGAUCUUUAUUAUCUCCUUCUUUCUGCUGACUUUAGGUUUUCUGUGGCCACAUUUCAUUUUCUUUCUUUUUUUCUUUUUCUUGGCCAUGCCGUGCGGCUUGUGGGAUUUUAGUUUCCCAACUAGGGAUCGAACCUGGGCCCUUGGCACUGAGAGCAUGGAGUCCUAAACCACUGGACCAUCAGGGAAUUCCCAUGUUUGGCCACAUCUUCUGUUACAAAACUUGGGAUAUGGGAUUCUGAUUCCUGACAAAGUUGGGUCUCUUUCUUCCUAGUUGUUCGUUUAAUUAAACCAGAGGGCUUAUGAAGCCAUAAAAAUUAAAUUAUAGUGAACUAUAUGUUUAAUGAGUUUGCUUUACAUCAUAAACCAGGGCCCCUUUCAGACAACCUUGGAAAUCCGACUGCUGGCUUUCAGUUAGUGAUGGGUCGUGAUGAUGCUGGUGCCAGCCGUGUUUACUGAGCUCUCACCCUGAGCCAGGGACUGCACACACACUUCUAUGUGUUAAUUCAUCAGACCACAACAAACCUUGUUUUUUUGUUUUUUUUUGUUUUUAAUUUAUUUUUGAUUGUGUUGGGUCUUCGUUGCUGUGAGCAGGCUUUCCCUAGUUGCAGUGAGCAGGGGCUACUCUUCGUUGCAGUGCGCAGGCUUCUUCUCAUUGCAGUGGCUUCUCUUGUUGCGGAACACAGGCUCUAGGCACGUGGGCUUCAGUAGUUGUGGCUCGCGGGCUCAGCAGUUGUGGCUCGCGGGCUCUAGAGCGCAGGCUCAGUAGUUGUGGCUCGCGGGCUCUAGAGCGCAGGCUCAGUAGUUGUGGCGCAUGGCCUUAGUUGCUCUGCGGCAUGUGGGAUCUUCCCGGACCAGGGCUCCAACCCGUGUCCCCUGCACUGGCAGGCAGGUUCUUAACCACUGCGCCACCAGGGAAGUCCAACGAACCUGUUUUACAGACAGAGUUGCCGAGGCCUCAGCGGUGCAGCCCUGACCCAGGCUGGUGAGUGGCUGAGCCAGGAGGUGAACCCGGCCGGGAGGCGAGGUCUCAUCUUUGCAGCCCCUGUGCUGCCACUGCCAUUAGUUGGUGUUUUCCAGGUGGUCUCUGAAACCUCUGAAUUUUUAGAGGCAACAGGGCUGCGUAUUGGUGCUUGACCCCUUGUAGCCUUCAGUGAAGUUCUGGCUUAGCCCCAGGUUAUGGGUCUGAGACAGGCAGACUCCACAGGGCUGUGGUCUCCAUGGGCCUGUGUCCACCCACAGACCCAGAGGCUGAGCCGGUUGUCCUUUCCUGAGCGGUGUCCCCACCUCCCUGGGCUUCCUGGGCAUUGUCUGGGCCCUGGGUGAUUUGAGCCAAGCUGGGUGGUCCACCUUGGGACCUACCUGGUAUCAGGAUCUGGGAUUGCCCUGGGGAUAAAGCUCUUCCCGCACAGCUGUCCCGCUGGGCUGAAAUGUACCCCACAGCCUGCCGUCUUCAGGGGCUGUGCCCUGUGAAGGCCCCCAGGCGGCACCCACAGACCCACGGAGUGGCGGAGGUGCUCCUGCCUGCUCUAACCCUCUCUGAGCACUACCAGGUGCCAAACAAAGGAUCUUUGUUUUUGUUUUUGGUUUUUUGAUCAAUUAAUUAAUUUGGCUGCGUCGGGUCUUAGAUGCGGCAUGCGGGAUCUUCCUUGCGGCACGUGGGCUUCUCUCUAGUUGUAGUGCACAGGCUUCAGGGUGCGUGGGCUCAGUAGUUGUGGCACACGGGCUCUCUAGUUGUGGUGCACGGGCUCUAGAGCGCAGGCUUAGCUGCCCCACGGCAUGUGGGAUCUUAGUUCUCUGACCAGGGAUCGAACUCGUGUCCCCUGCUUUGGAAGGCGGACUCUUAACCACUGGACCACCAGGGAAGUCCCCAAACAAAGGAUCUUUGGGUCCUCACCUCUCCCCUGGGACUCGGCCCUGCCUGAACGUCCAGUUGAGUUGAGGGCAGGGGUUGGUGCCAGUAGUACCCGGGUAACGAGCUUGGCACUUCAGAAUCCACUUGGAUUGCCAGGGCAUCCGCGUGUGGGCUUGGCACAGUGUAGGGCAAGAGGGAAAUGUGUGCACUUAGCAGACAGUAGCUGGCGUCUUUCAGAAGUACAUGAAGUGGAGGUUGAUAGGAAAGAGUCAUUUUUGCAGAUGUUCGUCCAAGGAUGUUAAUUUUUCAUAGUGAUCAAGAAUUUGGGUGUAUUUGGAAAGGGAGGUGAAAAAUUAAGCUAAAUACUGAACUAGCUUAGUUGACAGUUCAAACCGGAGAAGAACCUUUUAGCUUAGAUCGAGAGGCCCCCUCCCAAACCUGGGCUUCAGAGUCAAAGCAGCUCAGGGCACAGGCGGAUCCGUGCUGGGAUCUGUGUGUUCUUGGCUUCAUGGUAUCCACAGAGUGGGUGCUGUCUUGGGAAGGGAGCAGAGAUAUGUUUUUAAAUAUGCGGAGUCGAGGGCUUGGGAGGUGGGCGAGGGCUUUACUCAGUCACCGCAGCGUGAUGAGUGACCGGAGGCUGCAGGCUUGUUGGCGGGAGCUGUGCGCUUACUUCCCAGUGCCUUCCUCCCCUGGAAGCUGACGAGCUCCUCACAUCGUAGUCCUGGAGGGCCCGGGCGGGCAUCGCAAGGCGGCAUGCGUGGGGCUGCUCCCCGUAGCUCCUCCUCAACGUUCCUUUAACCCCGUGUCUCCCCUCUUGGCUGCUGCUCUGGGCCCAGGGGCGUGGAGGCUGGGAAUGAGGAAGGGAGGGGCAGUUGUAGAAGAAACGGAUGUUUCCUAAGCACGGACCCCGCAUGGUAGCGCUCACCACGCUCCCGCGGGCUCCUGAUUGGUCAGGCUGACGCAGCUCGCCAGUGGCACUUGGUGGGCACAGGCCACAGUGCAGCAGGGCCUCCGCUCCACCGCCUGAGUCUGCGCCACUUGGCAGAGGGCUGCCUGCCCUGCCGUGAGUGCCGCAGGCAUCCGGGGGCCUGUGGCCAUGGAGGAGACUGUCCAGGGAGGGGUGUAAGGACCGAUCGGUAUGGCUCCUUUUUCCUUUUAAACAAAGUUUUAAGAAAAACUUUUCUAGUUUCACAAAUACCAGGAAUUGAAAUUGAUACUGGGUGAUAUUAAGUUCCUCAAAACAGCUUUCUGCAGGAGACUUGGGGCCUCCUUGACACACUUCAGGAGCUGGUCCUCAGCCUGCCCGGGUGACACGCGUCUGCGCCCUGCCACCCGCUCGUGUCCGUGCGGAGAGGAAACUGGUUCCACCACGCUGAACGGUCCACACGGGGCGCAGGGCCUGGGGAGACACUGACGGGCUCAGAGCUGAGAAAGAGUCUGCUGAGGGCGAGGGUCAUGGACCUCGUCACCUCCACGGCCAUCCUGCCCCUGCUGUUGGGCUGCGUGGGCGUCUUCAGCCUCUUCAAGCUGCUGCAGUGGCUGCGCGCGAGAGCCUACGUCCGGAACGCCGUGGUGGUCGUUACCGGCGCCACGUCGGGCCUGGGCCGAGAAUGUGCCAGAGUUUUCCAUGCUGCCGGCGCUAAGCUGGUGCUCUGUGGCCGGAACGCCGAGGCCCUGGAGGAGCUCACCCGAGAACUUGCUGCCUCCCAGGCUACCAAGGUGCAGACUCACAAGCCUUGCACGGUGACCUUCGACCUCGCGGAGCCUGGGGCCAUAGUGGGGGCCGCUGCGGAGAUCCUGCAGUGCUUUGGCUAUGUGGACGUGCUCAUCAACAACGCGGGGAUCAGCUACCGCGGCACCGUCGUGGACACCAGCCUGGACGUGGACAAGAGAGUCAUGGAGACGAACUACUUCGGGCCAGUUGCUCUGACGAAAGCGCUCCUGCCCUCUAUGAUCAGAAGGCGCCAGGGCCACGUUGUCGCCAUCAGCAGUAUCCAGGGCAAAAUCAGCGUUCCCUUCCGAUCCGCAUACGCGGCCUCCAAACACGCGACCCAGGCCUUCUUCGACUGUCUGCGGGCCGAGGUGGAACAGCACGACAUCGAGGUGACCGUCGUCAGCCCCGGGUACAUCCACACCAACCUCUCCCUCAACGCCGUCACGGCCGACGGGUCCAAUGAUGGACGAGACCACGGCCCGGGGCCGAAGCCCCUCGCAGGUGGCCCGAGAUGUGCUGGCUGCCGUGGGGAAGAAAAAGAAGGAUGUGGUCCUGGCCGAUGCGGCGCCUUCCCUGGCUGUUUACCUGCGGACUCUGGCUCCCAGGCUCUUCUUCAGCCUCAUGGCGUCCCGGGCCAGGAAGGAGCGGAAACCCAAGCAUUGCUAGUGCCCGUCCGGGCAGGCGGCGCGGCAGCACGGCUGCCCCACGGGGACAGGUGUGUGUGCGUGGACUGGACUGGAUCCUUGCCUCACGGGGGGGGGGGGGGGGGGAGUGAGUCACGCCCCUCCCGCAGACCCCCGGCCUGUCCUGCUGGAGGAGGACGGGCUUCCUCCGGGGCGAGGGGUAAAAUGCAGCUGGAUCUCAACUCUAGGACGUGAAGUAAAGGGUUGAGCUGUGAUCCCUGAGGGCAGGCAGAAGCACGCCUCCUUUGAAUUUGGGUCUUGAGAUCAGAAGACCCCCUGUCAUCUGACCCAGUUCUCGUAUUUGACUCACCUAGCGCUGGGGGCAGAGCCCAUCCCUGGGGCUCGGGGAGAAGGCUGCCGCCGCCUUCGCACCGUUCACAGGGUCCCCCAGCAUCGUGUUCAGCGCGGCCAACAGUCAGCAUGUGACUGGCUUCUCGAUGUGUCCCAUGGUUCAGUGUGCUGGAGCCGCCCAUCCGCACCUGGCUUGUUUCCGGUGGCAGCUUCUGCUCAGCUGCCCCAAGGUGGCCGCAGCUUGUCCGUCUCCAGCUGCCUCACCCAUGAAUCUGAUCUGCAGGCAGACCACAGGCUCCCUUUCCAAAUGUGGCCUGUUUAUUACAGAAACACCUCCCAGUCCCACCCAGCAGGCUCAGGAGGGUGGUGGGCACUGCACGGUCAAGACAGGUCUGUUUAGGACCACUGUCAGUUUACCCUUGUUGUUCCAGACCACCCAGCACCCAACUGAGGGACCAGCAUUUCCAGGCCCCUUGGAAUUAAGUCAAAGUUUCUCACUCUUCUAAAAUCUCUGGCUGUCCCCCUAUGACCAGAUGGCCCCAUCACCCCCGUGCACCCUUCUGACACCUUCCCCGCACCCCUUGUUACUCUCUGGUGUCUGAGCUUCCUGAGGGAUCCUUUGAAACUACGUGAACAUCAGUCCGGUUGCCGCUUAGAAAAGUGCCCUCUAGGGAGGACCGAGCAGAGUCUCGGGCCGGCAUGGCCCCCUUUUCUGUGGAACACGAGGGGGGCAGCAGGUUGGACUCGGGACACAUCGGGAGAGCUUCAGCGCUUUAAAAAAAAAUACAGAUGUUAGUUUUUGUUCUCCUAAAUCAGAAUCUGGACAAGAGGUCCCAGGCCCCAGCUCUCCAGGUGAACCCAGUGGAGACCCAGUGACUGCCAGGCCUCGCCACCUACCUGUCCUGCCACACCCCUGAGCGGCACUGAGCUGCGCUGCCUUGGACCAA